AUGACUUCACCUUGGUCCAGUGGUCAACCGCAGAGCUCCAAUGGAGUUCUCAACCCAGUUGUCGCCGUCGAGACGCAAUGGACUGCUGUAAACACCGAAGACUUCAGUCAGCAUGAAGAGCUAUAUGUGGCAGAACCCGAUACUGUGCGCACCAAUGGGUACGAAAAGAAGCUUAACAAUGGCGUCUUGUUCUUCUACGAUGAACAAAACCGCGCGACUUUCCUGGGAGAUAUCGGCCGAUGGAACGAAGUUGAUGCCAGCAAGGUGAACUACGAUAAUGUGUUCGGCGACCAGCAAGGCCACGGCCGCAAAGGACCACAGCGAACCGGGUUCUCAUGGGCUCAGCCUCCAGAAGAUAUUCCUGAUAGAGAAACCGAGUCAUUGCUGGACAAGGCAAAGACCGCUUCACUUUGGGUUUUCUGUGUUCCAAAAGGCGGAAGAGGAGGAGUCGUUGAUAUCUAA